AUGACGGAUUUUACACCAUAUUACGUAGAUCGCGCGAAAGUUGGCAGAGCGUCAUGCAAAGGAUGUAAAGGUAACUGUCCAAGUGGCGAAAUCCGGAUCGCUAAAGUAGUGCCAAGUCCAUAUGGAGAGAAUCAGCAAAUGAAAUCAUGGCACCAUGUCGAUUGCUUCAUGAAUGUUUUUUUAAAACAACGUCCAGCCACAAAACGCAUAGACUCCAUAGACGACAUAGGAAAUUGGGCAAGUUUAAGCAAAGAAGAUCAAGAAUUCAUAAUAAAAAAAAUUAAUGAAAUGGAAAAAUUAUAUGCAGACAAGCAUAGUGGAAAAUAUAUAGCAAAAGUAUUGAAAAAUGAAUCCACUAUGUCUAAGAACAUCAAAACUGGGGAAUUGAGUAGUAGUAGUAAUCAGUCAGAAAUACUGACUGAAGAUAACAAAUUUUCGACUUUCCAUACACUUUGUAAAAAAAUAUCUAGAGUAGAUGCAUAUACAGAUAAAACAGCAGCUGUGAAUUCCUUCUUUACCAAAGGAUGUACUGAUAAAUUUGAAGGUGACCUGGUGUUAUGGUGUAAAAUGUUAUUACCACAGGUGUCCAAACGAGUGUAUAACUUGAAGAGUAAACAGCUAGUUAAACUAUUUUCUAGAAUUUUUAUUAUUGAUCAUGAUGAUAUGCUAACUCAUUUAGAACAAGGUGAUGUUGCAGACACAAUUCAACACUUUUUUUCAAAGUCAAAGGCCAUAAAUCCUGCAUCAGAAAGCACUUUAACAAUACAUGACAUUGAAAACUUUUUAGAGGACUUAUCAAAACUCACAAAGGAGGAAGAACAGAUAUAUCAAUUUAAAAAAAUUGUUAAGAAGUGCACCUUAAACGACAUUAAAAUGUUAGUAAGAUUGAUUAAAGGAGAUUUGAGAAUAAAUGCUGGACCAAAACAUAUAUUAGAAGGUGUGCACCCUGAUGCCUACAAAGUAUUUCAAACAUCACGGGAUUUAGAUUUAGUCAUAGAUAAAGUUCUUAAAACAAACAUGGUUAAACAUAAGGAUGCUUCUCAGAAAUCUGUUCAUGCUAAUUUAAGUCUUAUGACUCCCAUACUGCCAAUGUUAGCAGAGGCCUGUAAAUCAAUUGAAAUGGCAAUGAAAAAGUGUCCAAAUGGUAUGUUUUCUGAAAUAAAGUAUGAUGGUGAGCGUGUCCAAGUUCAUAAAAAAGGUAAGGAGUUUAAAUAUUUUUCUCGAGCUCUAAAACCAGUAAUGCCACAUAAAGUAAGUCAUUUUAAAGACUAUUUACCACAAGCAUUUCCAAAAGGAGAAGAUAUGAUUUUGGAUGCGGAAGUUUUAAUGAUAGAUGUGAAAACAGGAAAACCAUUACCAUUUGGUACUUUAGGUGUCCAUAAACAAUCAGAGUUUAAAGAUGCCCAAGUAUGCUUAUACAUAUUUGACUGUUUAUAUUACAAUGGUGAAGUUCUGAUGGAUAUGCCCAUUAGAAGGAGAAGACAAAUUUUACAUGACAAUAUGGUAGAAGUUAAAAAUCAUAUAAUGUUUUCUGAACAGCAGCUGAUCAGGAAACCUGCUGAUUUAGCUACAAUGAUUGCAGAGGUUCUCCAAUUAGGACUAGAAGGUCUUGUAUUGAAAGAUCUAGAAUCUACAUAUGAGCCAGGCAAGAGACAUUGGCUUAAAGUAAAAAAAGAUUAUUUAUUUGAUGGUGCCAUGGCAGACACUGCUGAUUUGUUGGUUUUGGGAGCAUGGUUUGGAACUGGAAAGAAAGGUGGUAUGAUGUCUGUAUUUCUUAUGGGCUGCCAUGACAGGCGAAGAAAUAAGUGGGUAACUGUGACCAAAGUGCAUACUGGACAUGAUGAUAAUACCCUAGAGCGGUUACAAAAAGAAUUAGCACCUUUAAUGAUGAAAAUAUCUCAAGACUAUAACAAAGUACCUAAUUGGCUGGAUUGUAAUAAGGGAAUGGUUCCCGAUUUUGUAGCACUGGAUCCGACGAAACAACCCGUUUGGGAAAUCACAGGAACGGAACUCACAAAAGCAAAUCUCCAUACUGCUGAUGGUAUUUCUGUCAGAUUUCCACGAGUCACUAGAAUUAGAAAUGAUAAAGAUUGGGAAACUGCAACCAACUUGGAGGAACUGAAACAUUUAUUCAAAACUUCAAAAGAAAAAACGGAUGUCUCGCUCCUUAAUAAAUUAGCAGCUACCGCAUCUGCAACUGAACCUCCCACAAAAAAGCAAAAGAAAAACCCUAUAGGAAUGAAGGAAGAACCUAAAAUAUCUCCAAAAUCACAUAAAAGUCCUACAAAAACGGGUAAUCUAGAUUCAUUUAUACAGAAAGAUAUUAAAAAAUCACCAAAAGAACCAAAAUCUCUGAAUGAAAGUUUUACACGGAAACGCAAGAAUAGCAUUUCUGUGAAAUCCGAAAAUGACAGUGAUACAGAGACGUCUAUUAAAGAUGACAGUUUUCAUAAAAAGAAAAAGAGAAAAUGUGCUUUGGAAGAAUCAAAUUCUUCAAUUGACAGUCAAAUUAAUUCUACAAUCGAUGAGAGUGUUAAAAAGAAAAAAAUAGACAAAUCUUCAAAGGAUGAUUCCAAAGAUUUAGAUAGCAACCCCAAUAAGACAAUUGAUGAGUUUAUUUGCAAAAUCGAAGAUGAUUUCCCUGAUGAUCCAUUACCAGAUGUUUUUCAAGGCAAAAAACUUGGGUUCUAUCCAGAUUUUAUAAGUUUUCCCGAGGAUGAGAGAAACAAUUUUGAACGCCAUUGGAUUGCCUAUGGCGGGACUGUAAUCAAGAAUAUAAAACACAUGGAUGUUGAUUACGUAGUUCACAAUGAUGAAGAAAUAGAAUUUAAGAAAAUGUUAAAAUUAAAACGAAAAUUGGUAGGUGACGUACGACAUGUGACUAAAUAUUGGUUAAUUAAUUGUAUAAAUAAUGUGGAACUUUUGGAUACUGUACAUUAUGCAGUGACAGUAAUUCCAUGA